AUGAUACNAGGUCUUCCUUGGAAUUAAUUAACAAAAUUAGAAAUUUGUAAUAAAAAGAGUAGCAAAAGCACCACUUGGACAUAAAAUGAGAGAUAGACAAGCCAAGAGUCUUGCAGAGGAAAUCUUUAUCAUGAGAAGUCUGGAUUAUCCAAAUAUUCCCAAAUUAUAUGA